UCACGUAGCUUGCAAUGGCUUUGUUGUUUGUCCUGAGAGGUGUGUAGUUGUUCCUGGCUUGGUGCUGUAUGGCCAGUUCUUCUGCUUUGCCUUCUCUGAGCUGGGUGAGAUCGGCAUGACGGCCCAUCCCCAGCUGCAGAGCGAUGCUGAGGCGGCUGAGAUUCCCCUUCCCUCGUCCUGUGUCUCUGGAUGGCCGGGCAGAUGCCAGAGCACUCGGGGUGGUGCUGCUGGUUAGGGUCACAACAAGCAGACCUCCUCGCUGCGCUGUGCUGCAGCUGACAUGAUGGCUUGCCCAGUGAUUCAUAAGCGAAUGCUGUCAAGAGCUGAGCUUUUUUCGGACUCCAUGGCAUUAGCCCCACGUCUUGGCCAACCUCCAGCUUGGGCAAUUCCACUCGGACACUUUAAAUGCUCCCUGUCGCCUUUGCCAGGCGCGAGGCUCUGCUCUUCUUUCUGCAAGCUCUUAGAGACUUGUUGGGAACUGUUAAACAGCUGCUACUUUCACUCUCCGGCUGUUUUCUUGCUGGAUGUAGGGGAUUUGUCUGUAGAGCCUGACUGUGGGACUGUGAAAGAGUCUCUGUUAACGCCAAGCAAUUGAUUUGCCAAUAAAGGUUGGCUUUAUUUUUCCCAUCAGCCCCUCUACUAUGCCAGCUGCUGAGGGCUUGUGUGGGACGCAGUGUAACUGGUAUCAGGGGCUGCUGAGCUGUCAUGGGGAAUACCACCAGUGAGCGAGUGUCUGGGGAGCGCCAUGGCUCCAAGUCCCACCGCUCAGAUGGCUCCGGUGUCCCCCACCCCACCAAGGAGCACCCACACAAGAUCAUGGUGGGCAGCACCGACGACCCCAGUGUCUUCAGCUCCCACGACUCCAAGAUUCCUGGGGACAAGGAGUUUGUGUCGUGGCAGCCAGAUCUGGAAGAGUCAGUGAAACCAUCCCAACAGGCUCGUCCUACUGUCAUCCGCUGGGCUGAUGGAGGCAAAGAGGUCUUCAUCUCCGGAUCUUUCAACAAUUGGAGCACCAAGAUCCCACUCAUCAAGAGCCACAACGACUUUGUCGCUAUCCUGGACCUCCCAGAAGGAGAGCACCAGUACAAAUUUUUUGUGGACGGCCAGUGGGUCCAUGACCCAUCUGAGCCUGUGGUCACCAGCCAGAUGGGGACGAUUAACAACCUGAUUCACGUCAAGAAGUCUGACUUUGAGGUGUUCGAUGCCUUGAAGGUGGAUUCCCUGGAGAGCUCAGAAACCUCAGGUCGGGAUUUAUCAAGCUCACCACCUGGUCCUUACGGCCAAGAGAUGUAUGUAUACCGGCCUGAGGAGCGCUUCAAAUCCCCACCCAUCCUCCCGCCUCACCUCCUCCAGGUCAUCCUCAACAAAGACACCAAUAUCUCGUGUGACCCAGCACUGCUGCCCGAACCCAACCACGUCAUGCUCAAUCACCUCUACGCACUCUCCAUCAAGGACGGUGUGAUGGUGCUAAGCGCCACGCACCGCUACAAGAAGAAGUACGUCACCACGCUGCUGUACAAGCCCAUCUGAGCCGGGGCCUCGCCCGCCCCCCACGCAGGACACGAAAAGCCGCUUUGUCUGCACACGCUGGGCCACGGGACCGUGUGAGAACUGGCCUCUGGCUCCAGCCUCGAACCUGGCAGGGACACAGGCCCCGGCGAUGAGCCCAGGGCCGCUGGGGCCUGUGACACUGUCCCAUCCUACUGGUGUGGUUUGAUUUAACCCUUGGUUUCCGCCCACCUACAGCUCCCCUUGGCUUCUGUGAGUCUCUGGGGCCACUUUGUUUGCUGCUCACCAGAAUAGCCUUUCCUCGCACCUGACACGGAAAGGGCUUCACCCUACCUGUCUUCUCCAGCCUGCAAGGGCCCUGAGGUGGUCCUGGCACUGCCCCAGCCCAGGCCCCCAGGAACGUGUCCUACCUGCUGAGGGUUGCAGUGCUGUCCUGGUGAUGAGUCUCCAAGGCCACCUUGAUCCCUAGGGGCUCUGGGACACCCCAGCCUGCCACCUGCCCCCUGCCCCGCAGCCCUGAGCAUGGGGCUGCCCCCCUUCCUGUGCCUCCCCAGCUUCGAGGAGGGCUCUCAGCUCUGGCUGCAGCCCCAGCCCUCUGCCAGGUUCAGCGUCGAGCCAGCGGGAGGGAGAGUACAGCCGGACACAGCUGCGCUUACCUGUCGCCGGGACAGCACUGUCAAGGACUGAAUGCCUGCCCCGUCCCCAACACGGAGAGCUUCUGUGGGGCAAGGCUGACCGUCACCGCCAGAGCAGCACCUGUGCACGCCCACGCUCGAGGGGGCCUGGGGAGAGGGGAGCAGGGCAGGUACCCCAGGACCCCGGCUACACCGCCUGCUGCCGGAGCAGUGCCAUGUGACAGGGUUUUCUCUAUUUAUUACAGUAUUUAUUGUUCUCAGUG